AUGAGGAACAAGACCGGAAGUAUUCAAGACGAUGAAGAAAAAAUGCCGGAAUAUAAUACAACUGCAGUGGUGUUUCUUGGAAUUUUCAGUGUUUUGUUUCUAAUGACAUGUAUUUUGUCAGCCAUCAAAGCAGUCAAAGACAGGAAAAAAAUAAAAUCUAGGAUUGAAGCCAAGCGACGACUGCGUUUAGAGCAAUCCGCUUAUGAAAAUCCAGAAAAUGGAGCUAUUCAAAAAGGCCUCGAGGAGGAAGAAAGUGUUACUUUAAACAAGCGCGAGAAAGACGCAGACACAACUGCAGUAUCCUCGGACGCCAACAAUCAUUCUCACGUGUUCCGAACAGUAUCUGCAGACGAUGUAAUUAUCGUUGAACAAAAGAAGAAUUUAAAUAAUGUUGACAACAGUGGUGUUUCCCAUUCGAAACUGUCGAGUUCUGUACCAGACCUUCAACAAAAAAUAUCUCCAGAAUGUCUGGCAGUUAAAAAGCAAAUUCGAAGAACUUCCUAUGCAAUUGCUAUAGACAGUCACUCAUGGCUACCGAAGGACCAACCACGCUUUGCAAACUCAUCAACUAUAAUAAAAACUUAUAACCUGAAGCCAGGCACAACGAAAUCGUAUGAAAACAGAGCAUUUGACCCGAAUGAUACACAGUGA